AUGCUUCGACGCACGAUGACGGCGCUGCGUGUCAGCCCCUACUCCAUAUUUCUGCAGGAAUUGGCGAGGAAAAGAGAGCUGUCGGGGCUGCCAUUGAAGGAUUGCUCAGCUAUCGGCUCCCGUAUGUACCGCGCCCUCCCUCCCGAGAAGUUGAGUGCACUGAAGGCGCGUGCCGUAAAGAAGAGGUACCCCGCUCUCGAUUCCUUUAAUCGCUUUCAGCGGCAGCAGGCUUUUCGCUUCACGCACCUCAGCAAUCCGCAGCGCCAACGCGUCAUUGGGAGGAUGUGGCGUGAACUGAAGCAAAAGAAGAUGCAGGCGAAGAAACUGAAGCAAAAGAGACUGGCGGCUGCCAAACGUAAGGCGGCCUUGAAACGUAAAGCAAUUUUGAAACUUAAGGCAGCUCUCAAACGUAAGGCAGCUUUGAAACGCAAGGCAGCUUUGAAACGUAAGGCAGCUUUGAAACGUAAGGCAGCUUUGAAACGUAAGGCAGCUUUGAAACGUAAGGCGGCCUUGAAAAGUAAGACGGCCCCAAAGCGCAAGGCGGCUUUGAAGCACAAGACAACUCCGAAGCGCAAGGCAUCAAUGAAGGGCAAGACAGGGGCGAAGGGAUACAAGAAACAAUGA